GUUAUAGGUCAAAUAUAGGCGCAAUAAACUGUAUUAUUUAGCCAUGUCUUUAAAGAAAUUGAGUAUCGAUAAAUUAGACGUAAAAGACAAACGAGUUCUUAUGCGAGUUGAUUUUAAUGUCCCCAUUAAAGACAAAAAGAUCUCCAAUAAUCAGAGGAUUGUGGCUGCUUUGCCAUCUAUUAAAUAUUGCUUGGAAAAUGGAGCAAAGGCUGUUGUGCUUAUGAGUCAUCUUGGUAGGCCAGAUGGAAGGAAACAAGAGAAAUUUUCUCUUUCCCUUGUAGCUGAGGAAUUGAAGAAAUUACUAAUGACAAACGUAACUUUUUUGGAGGAUUGUGUUGGUAAAGGUGUUGAGGAGAAAUGUGCAGAUCCUCCUCUUGGGUCCGUGAUCUUGCUUGAGAACCUCCGCUUCCAUGUGGAGGAGGAAGGGAAAGGAGUGAAUGAGAGUGGAGAAAAAGUAAAAGCAGAUCCCGCAAAAGUGGAGGAGUUCAGAGCAAGCCUUACUAAGUUGGGUGAUUUGUAUGUUAAUGAUGCGUUCGGCACUGCACAUAGGGCUCACAGCUCCAUGGUUGGUGUUAACCUUGAUCAAAGAGCUGCAGGUUUUCUUGUCAAAAAGGAGUUAAAUUACUUUGCGAAAGCAUUGGAUAAUCCUGAAAGGCCAUUUCUUGCGAUAUUGGGUGGUGCUAAAGUUCAGGACAAGAUUCAGCUGAUUAAAAACAUGCUAAGCAAAGUAAAUGAGAUGAUUAUUGGAGGUGGAAUGGCCUUCACAUUUUUAAAGGUUCUAAAUAACAUGAAAAUUGGCAGCUCUUUAUACGAUGAAGAAGGUGCUAAAAUUGUGCAGGAGCUGAUGGACAAAGCUAAAGAAUUAAACGUUAAGAUUCAUCUACCUGUAGAUUUUAUAACAGCGGAUAAAUUCUGUGAAGACGCAAAAGUAGGUGCUGCAACUGUAGAAGAGGGCAUACCAGAUAGUUGGCUAGGGCUUGAUAUUGGACCAGAGAGCUGUAAGAACUUUGCCAAAGUGAUUGGUGGUGCAAAAGUUAUUGUGUGGAAUGGCCCGCCUGGUGUGUUCGAGUUUCCCAACUUUGCUAGUGGAACUAAAUGCUUUAUGGAUGAGGUAGUAGCAGUAACUGAAACUGGUGCUACAACCAUUAUUGGGGGUGGGGAUACGGCUACAUGUUGUGCCAAAUGGAACACGGAAGACAAAGUGAGUCAUGUCAGCACUGGGGGUGGAGCGAGUCUUGAACUACUUGAAGGAAAGGUUCUUCCUGGUGUCGAUGCUUUAACAGAGGAAAAGUGACUAGAACCUUUACAGAUGCAGUCUAAAAUAUAAUUAUAAAUACUUUGGCCCAACCUACAUCCCGUGUUUAAUAUUCUGUAUUUCUGUAGAAUUGAUAACCAAACUGAAAUUUUUCCACUUGAACUACAAUAUUUCUAUACAAACUGGAUUAUUAAAAAAAAUUAAAGAAAUAAAUGACCUGUUCUCAUUAUGCAUAAAUACAUACACACCAACACACGUAAUUAGUUUGCUGUCCUGCCUAUAUAGCUUGCAUGUUAUUAUGUGAUAUAGCUUUUUGUGGUAAUGUAUACAAGUGUCCUUGCAAGUUGCACCUUUUCACAUCAAAAGCUUCUUCUGCCAAUUAUAAUACUGUGCACAAUGUGAUUCCUGCUGUAAACAUGUAGUAUAGAAGUGUUCCACAAUGCUGUUUUCGUUUUUCAAAAGUUCAUAAUCGGUUCUAAUUUACUUUCUCACACACGCA